AUGAACCCUAGCAAGAUUAACGAGAGCUUUGAUAAUAUGGGUGUGGGGGAAAUCUUCAAUCAAGCGAAGAGCCUUGAAAUAAACGAUGAUGACAACGAGGGACAUAGUGAUAUGGAGACCCUGGACGAUAGCGGCAUGAGCAGAAACCACAGUGACGAUCAGUUGAGCAACAUCACCAUUCACGAAACAGAGGUGGGCCUGGACGAUUCCAACGAAAAAGAAGAUAUCUACCAGCAUGGCCCUUGCCAGUACAACGAAAUGAAGGCCAUGGCGGCCGUGAAAGAAGUGGAAACACAAACUAAUACCCGAGACAGACAGGAGCUUUACCAGGGACCGAAUGUGCGCUGGGUGAAUGUUAGAUUCUCCGAGCAUGAAGGCCACCUAACCGGAUACAGACUCCUGCUCAAGAUGCGGUCUGCAAUCCAGAGCCAGGAGGCCACUAUAACCAUGAAGCCGCAGUGCGCUGAUGGGCCUUUCUGGGUCUCUAUUGAGGUGGUCGGCCCCGCAGAGAACGCACGGUCACGCUAUGGUGGCUUCGAAAACCGAUGGGCUGUAUUGAGUGCAGCUAAAGAUAUUGUAGUGGCAUGGUUGGGUCGUGUACGUGAUGAGGGACUGCCCUUUGAAAAGGAUGUUGUCUUUCGGAAGGUUCACUGUCGUAACUCGACCUUGCGGCUGUAUGCUCCGCCGAAAGAGUCAUCACGGGGUGCUAUGCAGUGA